UGUGACUCGUUUUUACACAUCGCUGCCGCGACUUUGCUUUAAUGACUUCUCGCUAAUGGGACGUUACUGAGACAUAAAUGACCAGUAUACGAGUAUUUAUUUGUCCAAAUUGCAGGCGGUGGGUUGUUCGUAGACAUGAUGAAGAGAGCAGCGCAAACUAAGCAGUUCGCAGAGUUGGAUCACGCGGUGAGAACAAAGGUCGAGCCCUACCUGUACAACAAAGGAAAGGGCAAGUGGAUACCCGUGGACAAACUGGUUCUUCUAAGAAACAAAGAUCGUCCGCGACAUAAAAUGCUGGCACCUUUGAAAGCCAUGGAAAAUCCGGCGGAUUACGACAUAGAUAAGGACAUGGGUGAUGAAGAUGUUGACGAGACUAAAAUAGACAAAAGCAAAUACAGACUGGUCUGCUGGAGCCUGAGCGAGAGAGGCGCUGUCGGUGAAACUAUCCUGCACUUGUGCAUGUUAAAUGCCACUGCUCUCCACGCGGAUCUGGCGAAACGAUUGCUACGCUUCUAUCCGAAUCUCAUAAACGACAUUUACAUAAGCGACGAAUACUACGGAGAGAACGUGCUGCACAUCGCGAUCGUAAACGAGGACCCAGCGAUGGUGAAGUAUCUUCUAGACAGCGGUGCGGAUGUUCACGAGAGGUGCUUCGGUAACUUCAUGUGUCCGGAGGAUCAGAAAGCGUCAAGGGUUGAUAGUCUGGACCACGAGUGGGUGUGCGUUGCACCGGAGACCAAUUACAGCGGAUACGUGUACUGGGGAGAAUACCCGUUGAGCUUCGCCGCGUGUCUGGGCCAGGAGGAGUGCUACAGGCUUAUGCUCGCCAGAGGCGCGGAUCCUGACAAGCAGGACACCAACGGCAACACGGUUUUGCACAUGUUGGUGAUAUAUGAGAAGCUGACUACGUUCGACAUGGCGUACGAAGUGGGAGCCUCGUUGGCCAUAAGAAACGUCCAACACCUGACUCCGCUGACGUUGUCAGCAAAGCUGGCCAAGAUCGAGAUGUUCUUUCACAUUCUGAACAUCGAGAGAGAGAUAUACUGGCAGAUCGGUAGCAUAACUUGCGCAGCUUACCCGUUGUCGCAAAUAGACACGAUCGAUAUUAACAUCGGGACUAUCAACAAGAACUCCGCCCUGAAUUUGGUUGUUUUUGGGGAAAAAGACGAGCAUCUAGAAUUGAUGGACGGUAUGUUAGUCGACCUUCUGAACGCCAAGUGGAACACUUUCGUUAAGUCUCGAUUCUACCGUCAAUUCUUCCUCUUCUGCUUCUACUUCGUGCUGUCGCUGAUCAGCUUCACUCUUCGCCCGGGCCCGUUGCCGCAGGAGACCGAAAAUGCGAACGAUACGAGAACGAAUUCAUCGAACGCAACGGCGAUGGAGAUUCUUAGGUUGUUCCAAAGCUCGGACCUGUCGAACCUCGUCACGAACAGCCUCGCCGCGGCUUUUGCCUCGAACCUCAAAUCGUCCUUAAACGUGACGCAAGAAUCGUUGGAGAAGAUCCAGCUGCAAGUGACGUCGAACAUUACAUCGGCCCUGAAGAAUAUUUUGCCUUCGCUGAGCGACAACGAGGGCAUCCUGAGUGCCCCUGACGAAGCCGCCAUUCGUACGCUGUGGUAUACCAGUAGUCCGUACAAUGAGUCAGAUUACUUGACAGAUGCUUACAACGAGAAUGUCACGAGCGAUGCGAAUUCGACCGCGGGGACGAUCAUCGGCAGCAUCGAGGUGUCGAAGUCCAACGAUAAGGACAAUUGGUGGGAAGAUCUGACGGAAGAAUGCAGGCUGAUGCAGCUAACGACGAUAAGUGCGAAGAUCCGGCUGACUGCGGAAGUGCUGAUGGAAAUCGCCGCGGUGCUCUACAUUUUAGCCGCACUGCGGGAGGCGAGGUUUUUGGGGCUCAACAUGUUCGUCGAGAAUCUAAUGACAGCGCCGUCGCGCGUCAUGUUUCUCUUCUCGUGCUGCAUCUUACUCUCGUUUCCAUUUCUGAGAUUAGCCUGCGCCGACGAAGUCGAAGACAUGUUGGCGGUCGUGGUGAUGCUGACAACGGCACCGUAUUUCUUAUUCUUCUGCAGAGGCUUCAAGACGGUCGGUCCGUUCGUCGUGAUGAUUUACAGGAUGAUCAUGGGCGACCUCCUCAGAUUCGUGUCCAUCUAUCUGGUCUUCGUCAUGGGCUUCUCUCAAGCGUACUACAUUAUAUUUCUGUCGUUCGACAACCCGAAUACCCCGGAAGGCGUCGACGAUUCGGUAUCGAACCCGAUGCCGUCGCCGAUGGAGAGCAUCAUGGCGAUGUUCCUGAUGAGCAUGACGAACUUCGGCGACUACUACGGCGCGUUCGAGCGAACCGAACACGAGUCCGAGGCUAAGCUGCUGUUUGUGUUGUACAUGGCGAUCGUGGCGAUCCUGCUCGUAAACAUGCUAAUUGCUAUGAUGGGCAACACUUACCAGAAGAUCGCCGAGACCAGAAAUGAAUGGCAAAGACAAUGGGCGCGCAUAGUUCUGGUCGUGGAGAGAGGAGUCAGCCCCGCCGAGAGGCUGAAGAAGCUCAUGGACUACUCUCAGCCGAUGUCCGGCGGCCGUCGAGCGUUGGUCCUCCGGUUGAAUCAAAGUGAGGAGGACAAGGAGGAGAUGAAGGAAAUACUCGAGAUGAAGAGGACCCACGAUAGACUGCUGAAGAAGAGGCAAGGGAGAAUGUCAAAGGAGAAAGUUCUGGCCGAGAGCGAAAUUAUUAUUACCCGAAAUUGAAUAAGUAACAAAGCAAUCGACCCUG